GUCUAUCGUGAGGCUCAGAAGUUGGCGGGAAUCUUGUCAUUAUGCUUGUCCUUAGCCUAUUGCUGACAAGUUUAUGAUCGAUUGAAUGGCUGGCCGCGACUCUGAGCGGGCGCACGCCCGGAUCAAGGCAGAACGACCGGGUGCGAUAGGAAUCUCACGCGCCAGCGCGAUUUAUUCUUCUUCUUCCCUCUCUCAAGAUCUUGUUCACUAACACUAGCCUAAAUGACGCAGAAUGGCGGCACUUCCGGAAGUCCCAGCGAGCGGACGCGACGAUACAACGCCCUCGUCGAUAUCCAAUUCGCAUCAAUCUUAGACCCAGACCUCACUCCAGGCUCUGAAGAUGAGGCCACGGAAGAGAGGGCAGCACAAUUGGAAAAUGCCCAGUCAGCCAUUGGAGUCAGCAUUGGCCAGCAGCAAACUCAUUUGACUUCGCCUAAGACACCGGCGGCUGAGAAAGCUGCAGCAUUGGACCAUGACGAUGAAGACGGCCUGUUCGAAGUGUGGCAAGAGGCACAGGACAACACAGAAGCGCACGAUGGCGGAGGGAGUGCUAUAGUACGAGGACAAAGCACCCCGGUGGUUGAGAAGGAUGGGCUCGCUCGAUUACCCGCGGGCGUCGCAGACCAGUACCCUCUUCCUUCGCCCUCUCGUGCCGUUCCCACCAAGAUGCGAAUAGACACGCCCGACCACAGGGCUGAAUUGCGCGACAACUUGUCGCAGGCACGGCGGCGACGAGCACAUUCUGGCGGAUUUCCUGCAGAGGUGUGGAGGAAAUAUAUCAACUUCAAUCUCCCUUCGCUGCCCAAAGCCUCCAACCUGCUCCACUUUUCGCUUCCAAGCCUCUCAUUGCCGGGUAUACCGAAUGAAUAUGUGCGACAUACGACCCAGCCUAGACGUAUGCGGUCAAUGUAUGUUGAGGUUGAGAACAAGCGCACAGCUGUGAGCACUUGUCCACAUCCCCUGCCGGACAGCGCCAACACCCAGGCUGCUGCUUCCAAUCCUUUUCCGGGAUCGUCAACCAAGUCUAUGGAUCCGAUACCUCACCGCGAUGUCUCGCCCCAGCGCGACCUCAACCCUCGCGUGAGUCACGAGCCUCAUCCCUCAGGGCUUUCGAGACCACCAGCACCGGUCCUUCGCAAGUCUAAUUCCGAGGGCUCGCUUUUACUAUAUCAGCGGAAAUCUUUUGCUUCGUCUCUUGGUGACGAUUCGCGCUUCGAGAACGUCCAGGAGCAGGUAAAUAGCCGCUUCAAGGCGAUCAAGGACAGCUGGCAAGAUGCAAAUUUCAAGCUCCCUAGUCUGCCCACAAUGCCCAACUUCAACUUUGGGACUAAAGACGGUUCCUUCAGUUAUGGCCGCAUUGGGAGUUUACCGAAAGGCUCCGAAUCCAGUCAUGCGACCGCAAGCAAAGCUUCCUUACUCACAGGCUUCAAUUCCUCCACCAAAGGCCCAUCGGCAAGAUUGGGAAAGGGGAAAGACGUGCCUGCAAGUUCUGCUGGAAUGCCUUCCCCUGGCCUAGCCACACAUCCAUUCUUUACUCGAGCCUUGCAGGAUCUGACAGGCGACAUUGUCGUCCUUGGGGGUUACCGGGGCUCAAUACUUCGCUCUGCAGAGCCGCCCCAUCGGCAGCUCUGGGUCCCGAUCAAGGUCGGCUUGAACUUGCGAAAAGUGGACCUCGAACUCGGAUUGAACCCGGAAGACGAGGAGACAGAAGAGCAGCGCAUAAUUCCAGGAGGGAUGCUGACUCACAUUGGUCCGGUCGAUAUCGGAAGGCGUCUCCUGAAGAGACUCGGGGCCUCUGAUAAUGCUAAGCGAGGAGACCUGAGAGUUCAUAAUUAUGGAUAUGACUGGCGGCUGUCGCCACAUCUCUUGAGCCGGAGGCUCGUCGAGUUUCUCCGCUCCCUACCAUGCAACCAACCUGGUGUUGCUCCUGAAAAGCGAGGGGCUAUUGUCAUCGCACACUCCCUCGGCGGCCUAAUCACACGCCAUGCUAUCAACCAGCACCCUGCACUCGUUGCUGGCGUCGUCUACGCUGGAGUACCACAAACCUGUGUAAACAUACUUGGACCCCUGCGGAAUGGCGAUGACGUGCUGCUUUCUUCCCGCGUCCUAACUGCUCAGGUCAACUUCACAAUCAGAACAUCUUACGCCCUGCUUCCUGUUGACGGAAAAUGCUUCUUCAACAAAUACACAAAGGAGGAGUACCCUGUUGACUUCUUCGACAUCAACACCUGGUCCGAAUACAGACUGUCCCCAUGUAUAGCUCCACCUCUCCCGGCUCCUAACUCAGGCGCCAUGCUUCGCAGCGCAACCGGCAUCCUCAGCGCCAUGACCCAAGCUCUACCAAGUCUGCCCGGCCGUAAAUCCUCCCUACCUCCCAAAGCCAGCAACACUACAGUUUACCACCCCCCCUUUUCCCCAGUCCGCGAUGCAGCAGACGUAGCCCGCAACGCGGCCGACAAGAUCGCCGAAUCCGGCGCCCAAAGCACAGGCAUGGCCCCGCAAAUGGGCUCCCAGCAAACCCACAAGUCGCACGACGCAAACACAGGAACCACCGUGACGACCAACAGUCCCGCGACCGCAGUCACGAUCCCGCACGACAAAGCCGUCGCAUACCUCACGCGCACCCUCGCCGAGGUGAAAAAGUUCAAACUGGAACUAGCACAUAGACCUGAACACACGGCCGCUAACGUAUACCCACCCAUAGCACUCAUAUACGGCAAAUCGACGCCGACGGUGUACGGCGCCAAGGUGGAAAGUAGGGAGGCUAUCAAGCGCGCAGAUGCGUACGAUGAACUUGCCUUUGCGAGUGGGGAUGGAGUGGUGCUGGCGAGGGCGGCGAUGGUGCCCGAGGGGUACUCGGUGGUUCGUGGCGGCGUGGUGAGUUCGGAUCGCGGGCAUGUGACGUUGUUGGGGGAUUUGGAAGCUGUGGGGAGAUGUUUGAAUGCCGUGUUGGGAGCUAGGAGGAAUGGCGUUGGGCUGGGCGAGGGGGCGAUGGGCAGGCGGAAGGGUGAUGGUAGUGGGGAGGAGAAGGGAAGGCAGAAGGAGGGGAAAGGGAGUUGAGGGAAGUGGAGUGAAUCUUGAGGAGCUGAACUACACAAUAGAGCAGAUACACAUGUAUGAUUACACAUAAUAAGUAUUCGCACCGACAGCUACGAA